AUGUCUCGCCCUUUCUUUUCGAAAUGUUGUUCACUUCUGAGAGAGGUCCAUAAGCAUUCUCAUGCAGCUACCCAAGAAACUAUUAAACGAUCGGUAAGCUUCACCGUCAAAAAUCUCACGGAAUUCAAUGAAAAGGUGAAGAACAGCAAACAACCAGUUAUUGUGGAUUUCUGUGCAACAUGGUGCAAACCCUGUGAAAAACUUACACCACGAAUUGAAUCAGUUAUAGCAGAGAAGAAGGGCAAAAUACUGCUCGCUAAAGUGGAUGUUGAUGAAAACACUGAUCUUGCCAUGGACUACGAGGUAGGCAGUAUACCAUCCCUCAUAGCCAUUGAAAAUGGGAAGGUAAAAGAAAGGCUAGAUGGGCUACAAAACACUGAGAAAUUAAGAAGUUUUGUUGAUAAAAUCUGUAAGACAGAAAAGGCUGAUGAAUGAAAAAUUAAC